GUCGCGUCGUUUUGGAUCAGAGGUCGUGUGUUAGAGGAAGUUUAUUUUGUGAAUAUUUUUGAAAUUAUAAAUAAAAUAUCAAUAAAUUAUUAUCUAAACAACACUAAUUUGAUAUUUAGGUACGAAUUUUCUAAAUCAAAUCUUAUUACGUUUAAUAUUGCAAUUAUUAUUUGUGGUUAGAGUGGAAAUGUGUUAAUAUAAAUACUACUAGAAAAACCUUACUAAUUUCAAGACAAUAGACAGAUGCUUGGAUCAAUUAGCACUGAAUCUUCCCAACAUAAAAAGGAUUGGAAACAAAGAUUUAGUUUACGAGAAAAACGAAAAGAACCUGAACCAGUACAAAGCUUUCGACCAGUUGGAAUUGUAAGAAGAUGGACAAGCUUAAAACUAAACCCUCGACCUGUAACAGAAUCAUUAACGUUAACAGAGCCCAUAAGGUAUAUGUCUUCACCAUCUUCUACAGCAAAUUUAAGUUCUGGCCACCCUUCUUCCGCCAGCGGUGAUCGUGAAACAAGUAAAAAAAGUAACUGGCAAGUUAUUGAACAUUUUGGUAGUAAGGAGAAAGGCAGUUUAUCAUCUAGUUUAAUAGCGGUUGGAAGUGUACAGAAAACAAAAUACGAAAAUGACUCUUUAUCGAAUUCAAGUCCAGAUGUUGAAGCCCGGGAGGUAGAAACAGAGGAAUUAAUAAUUUCGCCAAUACCUAAAAAGAGUACAGGAAUACUUUUAAAAAUAUCAAUACUUUUACAAAAAAUAUGCAGUACCCAUCAAUUUAAAAAUGAACAGGUGGAAAUGUUAUAUCAACGAUAUUUUUUAAAAAUGAACCAAAGUAGUAUGACUAAUUUAAUAACAUUGCUUUUACUCCUUUGCAUUGGUUUUUUAUUUUCAUCUUCAACAGAUUUUAUAAUAAUAAAACAUUCGGAUUUAUUUAGAAGCUCUACAAAUCGACUUGAUAAGCUACUGGUUCUUAUGAGUACAUCUGGAUGUUGUAUUGCGAUUUAUGGAGUUCUUCUGGCCGUUGUAUCGAAACCAGCAAUGAACGAAGUUUACCUUAUAAUAAUCUCCUAUUUUAUAUUGCUGACAUUUUUAACAUUGGAGAUCUGCAUAUCAUUUUUCUCGGAGCAUGAGCGGCCCUUAGUUGGAAUGAUAUUUUCAUUGGCAUCAACCUAUUUAACAUACGCUCUUAUGCCUAUUCGAUUAAAGGAUGCUUUAUUGGCUGGUAUAAUUAUGGCAACUACACAAAUUAUUCUACUCUUAAAUGUUGGAAAAGUAACAAAUUUUAUAGAGGUAGGAAGUUGUUUUAUAAUCCUGCUGAGCGUGAACAUAGCUGGAGUAUGUACACAUUACCCUAGAGAGGUGGCACAAAGAAAAGCUUUUUUAGAAACUAGGCAAUGCAUUGAAGCAAGGCUAAAAAUACAACGAGAAAAUCAACAGCAGGAAAGAUUAUUAUUAUCAGUGUUACCUCGACAUGUUGCUAUGGAAAUGAAAGCAGAUAUAGCAGGUCAACCAAAAGAAGAACAAUUUCAUAAAAUAUAUAUUCAGCGACAUGAAAACGUUAGCAUUCUCUUCGCGGAUAUAUGCGGAUUUACAACUCUUUCAGAUCAAUGCACAGCUGAAGAGUUAGUAAGAAUAUUAAAUGAAUUAUAUGCAAGAUUUGAUAGAUUGGCUGCUGAACAUCACUGUUUAAGAAUAAAACUUCUAGGUGAUUGCUAUUAUUGCGUUUCUGGUUUACCAGAGGCCAGGCCUGAUCAUGCUCAUUGUGCUGUGGAAAUGGGUUUAGAUAUGAUUGAUGCGAUUGCGCUUGUCAGAGAAGUUAUGAAUGUAAAUGUAAAUAUGAGAGUAGGAAUUCAUACUGGCCGUGUUCAUUGUGGUGUAUUAGGCCUUAGAAAAUGGCAGUUUGAUGUUUGGUCUAAUGAUGUUACUUUGGCUAACUGCAUGGAAAGCGGAGGUUUACCUGGGCGAGUUCAUAUAACACAAGAGACUCUUAAAUGUCUAGGCACUGAUUAUGUGGUAGAAGCCGGAAAUGGGGGAGAAAGAAACUCAUAUUUAAAGGAUCAUAAUAUCGAAACAUAUUUAAUAGUUGCACCUUCUUACAGGGGAGGUUGCAUACCAUAUCAAAUUCAAUCUACAAAUGGGAAUAUUUCCAAGGAAAUGCGAAUAAUGGGCCAUGAACAGGGAAAACAUUCAUCGAAAUUAGGAUUUAACGAAUCCAGUCCUAGAGAAAAAAAUCCAGAAGAUGAAGUUAAUGAGUAUUUAAUGAAAGCUAUUGAUGCUCGUAGCAUAGAUAGACUACGAACAGAACAUUGUAGGGUACUUUUAUUAAAUUUUCGGGAUCCUAUUAAGGAAUCAAAGUUUGUCUUGGAAAGAGAUAGAAUGCUAUCGCUAUAUUUUUCUUGUAGUACUGUUUGUUUUUUAACAAUUUUAUUGGUUCAACUUGGUAUAUUUAACAGAAAUGAUACAGCCAUACUGUGUUCCAUACCGAUUAUUUCUUUUUUAACUUUUAUACCAUUAUUGGUAUAUGUAAAAAGUAUUAAGAUGAAAUACAAUUUAAAAAUAUUAAUUUUUUCUAAAUAUAUUCAUAGGAAUAGAAAUGUAGCUCAAGUAUUCUCGUUUACAAUGGCUGUUUGUAUCUAUAUAUUAGUAAUGUUACCUAUGACGUCAUUACCAAAGGAAAUACAAUGUAUUAAUACGAAAGUUAGUCAAGAAAAUUGUACAUAUCAUACUUACGUAAUUAAUAAUAAUAUGGAAAACUGUAAGCAAUAUUUUUUGGUAGAUUUUCUUCUUCUACUGGUCAUGGUAUCCAUGAUUGCUUGUGCUGUUUAUCAAAUUCUUAUUUCCCUAUUUAAGACAAUCAUUUUGCUUGGGGGAAUGGCAGGAUUUUUAGCGGUAUACAUUACAUAUACGAACCAAAUAAAUUUAUAUAAACUUUGUUUUCACAAUACAAGGGAAUCUGCGAUUACACUACAAUACAUAAAUGUAAUAAUAUUAGUGGGUUUUGUUAUUGCCUUGAUUUUACACGGACAACAAACAGAAGCGACUUAUAGACUUGAUUUUGUUUGGAAGCUGCAGGCAACCGAAGAAAAGGAGGACAUGGAACAUCUGGAAGCCUAUAACCGUAAACUUUUGGCCAACAUUUUACCCAUUCAUGUAGCAGAACAUUUUUUAAAUAGUGAAAACAAUGAUGAACUAUAUCACAAACAAUGCGAUUGUGUUUGCAUUAUGUUUGCAUCAAUUCCAAAUUUUUCAGAGUUCUAUGUCGAACUUGAAGGAAACAAUGAAGGUGUGGAAUGUUUAAGACUUUUAAAUGAAAUAAUUGCCGAUUUUGAUGAACUUCUUUCUGAGGAUCGAUUUAAAUUUAUUGAAAAAAUUAAGUCGACUGGAGCUACUUAUAUGGCAGCCUCUGGCUUAACCCAAAAUACAUGUGAUAUGAAGAACUUUAAGCAUGUAACAGCUAUGGCAGAUUAUGCUUUACAACUUCGAGACCAGCUAGAUAUAGUAAAUGAACAUUCGUUCAAUCAUUUUAGAAUAAGAAUAGGAAUAAAUGUGGGACCUGUAGUAGCGGGAGUAAUUGGUGCAAGAAAGCCACAAUAUGAUAUUUGGGGAAACGCAGUAAAUGUAGCUAGUCGUAUGGAUAGUACAGGACUUUGCGAUAAAAUUCAGGUUACUCAAGAAGUAUAUCAAAUUUUAUAUUCUAAAGGAUAUCCUCUCACAUGUAGAGGAACUAUUGAAGUAAAAGGAAAAGGAUCAAUGGAAACAUACUUUUUAGAAGGUUAUCCAAAAAUGAAAAGAGAACCUAAUGUAAUUGUAAAUCCGUUGGCUCAACAAUAUAUUGAAUGUAAAUCACAAUUUGAUAAGAUAACUCUGGGAACUAUUUCGGAAAAAGUUUAGUUAUAAAAUUUAAAAUAAAUUACAUAUUAAGCCUUGCUUUUAAUUUAUUCCAAAACUCCUUUAAAUUUAUUUUAUAUAAACAUCUUUAUAUAUUAAUUUCAAUAUCACAACAAGGAAUUAAUAAAUAUUAUUAUAAUAAGUA